GGGGAGCGCCGGCCCCGGCCCCGCUCCACCCGGCUCUGCCCUGCGCUGCCCCGCUCCGGCCCGGAGAGCUCAGCCAUGGAGGCGGUGCUGAUCGUCCUGUGCUCCCUGCUGGUGUCGGCAGCUGCGGCGGAUGUGGGCACCCAAGAGAAGGAGGAAGACCCCUUUAACUAUGAUUACCAAAGCCUGCGGAUUGGUGGGCUGGUGUUUGCCGUGGUUCUGUUCACUGUCGGCAUCCUUCUCAUACUCAGCAGGAGGUGCAGGUGCAGUUUUCACCAGAAGCCCAGAGCUCCGGGGGAUGAAGAGGCUCAGGGUGAGAACCUGAUCACCUCAAAUGCAACGGGAGCGCAGAAAGCAGAGAACUGGUUUGCCUCCCAAUUACCAUGCUUUCCCCUGGGUGCCCACUCCCAGAGCCAGACGCCCGUUGGACGGCACGCCGGCGCGAUGGGGGACGAACAAGCACCCGAGCAGGGCCCGGACAGGUUCACCUACGACUAUGAGACCAUCCGCCACGGGGGGCUGAUCUUCGCCGUCGUGGCUUUUGUGAUCGGGCUCCUCAUCAUCCUCAGCCGGCGGUUCCACUGCGGAGGGAAGAAGAAGAGGAGACAAGGAAAUGAGGAGGACCUGUAGCUGCAGAGUUGCUGUGGGAGGAGAGCUUCAUCCACAGCUGUGAAGUCCUUGCCAAAGGCCACCCCUUGCCCCGCUCCAAUGCAUCCAUUCAUUAUCCUGCUCACCCUGGGCAAGGCUGGGAUGCUAAUUGCCCUCGUGCUUUCCCCUCUGGUAGAUCCAGCGAGUGUUUCUUAGCUAAUAAAGUUCCAGCUGAGAGAGGUUAAA